AUUUCAUACUAUGAAUUUAUUUUACCAAAUUCAAAAAUAUAUUAAUAUUUAAUAACAAAUAAUAAUAAAGUAAAAUAUAUAAAACUAAUCAUUAUAUAUUAAUAAUAUCGAAUAAGAAACAUAACCGAUAACAUUAUAGAUUUACACAAUAUAUAACACUAAAAUGUAAAUAUCUUUUAAAGUUUUGCGAUGGUAUCCGUUAUAUAUUUAUAAAAUGAAAAUCUAUCCAUACAGAUGUGCGGGUGAAAAUCUAGUUGAUUUUAUGCCAAAACACAAAAUCUAUUAAAUUUUGUUUUUCUCUGUCCUCUCUCUUUCUUCAUGUUUCUUGUCUCUUUUUUCACAAUCUUCUUUGGCUCUUUCUUUUUCUUAAAUGUAAGUUUCAAAUGUUUUUAAAUUUUAUUUUAAAGAAGAAAAUAAUGAACGAUUCUAAUACAAAUCAUAACUGAAUCGAAAUUAUUAUAUAGGGUGUAACUGGUGACAAAUAAAAGGAACAUAUGGAAUGAUAGGAAUCACUAUUUAUGGAAUUUUGUGGAAUGGAAUCAGUAUUCCAUUUGUUCAUGAACAUUUUUGAUUUGGAAUGAUUUUUCAAAUGAUAGUUAAAAUUUUAUUUGGAAUAAUAUGGAAUGAUGUGGAAUUGAAUGGAAUACCCUUUCCAUUUUUCUUUUGUAAAUGGUGAACAAUUUUUGGAAUGCAUAGGAAUUAAGCAUUCCGGAAGUUUUUAUUCCAAAAACAUACAUUCCAGUUGCAGCCAUAAUGUUCAAGGUUAAAACAUCUCAUAGUCGGUUACUUCAUGUGUUACACGUUUGUCUUUACCAAAUAGGUGUCAUAUUUGUAAAACCUAAUCCUAGAUUAAUGCUAAUCGUAAACAAUAAAUCAAUUUUUACUUUUUAUCAGGGUUUUCUAUUUUCUUUUUGAUUUUAUUUCCUUUUUUGGAAGGGUUUAUAAAAGGGCUUUUCGUCUGUGAAACGAAUUAUCUUCUUCUUGCAUAUCUUGACUGUUUCUUUCUCUUUAGGUCAAAGCAUAACCCUAAAUUUUCUGAAAUUUCCUCUCUCUCUCUCUCUCUCUCCCUCUCCUAAUGCUGAAGCCCUACACUUCCCACCACAUGCCUCUGGCUAUUAGGGUUGGGUCUACCCCAGCUAAUAGGAGUUUACUCCUCCUCAAGGCAUGGAGUCAGCAAACCCGAUGGAACCGGAGUUCCCAUGAUUUGGCUCGUCGAGCUUUCUUCUCGACACUAACUAAUUCAAAGCCUACCGUGUCAUGUUCAGCGAUAGUCUCUUCUAAACCUUGCCUAGACGAUUGUCUAACGGUUAUAGCAGUGCCAUUCCGAGACGGACCUCUUAUUCCUGGUUUUUACAUGCCACUCUGUGUAAAGGAUCCUAAAGUACUUGCAGCUUUACAAGAGAGCAAAAGCGGAGAAACUCCUUAUGCAGGGGCUUUCCUUUUGAAGGAUGACAAAGACCCUUCAACUGGUUCGUCUGUGAUUCACCAAGUUGGCACACUUGCUCAGAUUUUAAGUAUCCAAGGUGAGCAAGUCAUCGUCAUUGGUCGAGAACGACUUCAAAUAACUGAGAUGGUGGGUAAAGACCCUCUAACUGUCAAAACUCAUCAUCUAAAGGAUAAGCCAUAUGACAAGGACGAUGAGGUCAUCAGGUCAACAUACUUUGAGGUUAUUUCAAUGCUUAGGGAUGUUGUAAAGACAACAUCACACUGGAGGGAGCAAGCUGUUGACUUCAAUUAUCAAAAGUUAGCCGAUUUUGGAGCCGGGAUCUCUGACGCUAAAAAACAUAAAAUUCAGGAGGUUCUUGAAGAAUUAGAUGUUCAUAAGCGUCUGAACUUGACUCUGGAAUUGGUUAAAAAGCAAGUGGAGAUGAACAAAAUUCAAUUGUUUCAUGCCUCCCUUUUCCCGGAAUCCACAGCAGAAGCUGAUGAAGACGAAAAGGAGUCUGCCACGUUUAAGAAAAGGAUUGAACCUAUUAAGGAGAAAAUUCCGAAACAUGUACUAAAAGUCAUAGAAGAACAGUUUGCGAAAAUUGAUAGGAUAAUACGCAAUUACGGUAGCACCGAUGAUAUAUUUACCUACGUUGAUUGGUUGACUGCGUUGCCUUGGGGAAAAUGCAGUGAUGAUAAUUUUGAUGUCCUACGGGCAGAAAAGAUUCUUGACGAGGAUCACUACGGAUUACGUGAUGUAAAAGAAAGAAUACUGGAGUUUAUUGCUGUCGGAACACUUACGGGCAAUCCACAAGGAAAGAUCAUUUGUCUCUCUGGCCCUCCUGGGGUAGGAAAAACAAGUAUUGCUCGUUCUGUCGCACGUGCUCUUGAUCGCAAGUUUUUUCGGCUAGCUGUUGGAGGACUAUCUGAUAGUUCCCACAUCAAGGGGGACCGUGGAGUAUAUAUUGGUGCCACGCCCGGAAAGAUGGUGCAGUGUCUAAAGGAAGUGGGAACAGAGAAUCCUCUUGUUCUGCUCGAUGAGAUUGACAAGCUUGGAAAGAAACGUAGUAGAGAUCCAGAGGGUGCGUUGUUGGAGCUUCUGGAUCCACAGCAAAAUUCACAUUUUCUAGAUUACUUUCUUGAUGUUACUAUCGACUUGUCAAAGGUUUUGUUUGUAUGCACAGCAAAUGUUACAGAUAUGAUUCCGGGUCCUUUGCUAGAUAGAAUGGAGGUUAUUACACUGGCAGGGUACACUACCGAUGAAAAAAUGCAUAUUGCUAGAGACUAUUUGGUGAAAAUUGUCAGCGGAAAAUGUGGCAUUAAGCCUGAGCAGGUUGAUGUCAGCGACACGGCUCUUCUUUCCUUGAUAGAAAACUACUGCAGAGAAGCAGGAGUUCGAAAUCUUCAAAAGCAGAUCGAGAAGAUUUUUCGUAAGAUUGCUCUUAAACUUGUACGCCAACGAGCCCCCGCUAAGACCGAUUUAGAGUCCUCCGCAGAAGGAUCCAUGGAGCAGAGCACAGCGGUAGCUGAAAAGUUUAUGAUUAAUGAAUCAAACCUUGCAGAUUAUGUAGGCAAACCGGUUUUCCGAGGAGAGAAGAUCUAUGAGCAGACGCCUGUCGGGGUUGUAAUGGGUCUAGCUUGGACAUCCAUGGGCGGUUCAACAUUGUACAUCGAGACAACCUUUGUAGAAGAAGGGGAAGGCAAAGGUGGUCUUCAUAUAACGGGUCACCUUGGGAGUGUGAUGAAAGAAAGCGCAGAGAUAGCUCAUACAGUUGCCAGAAGAAUAAUGUUUGAUAAAGAUCCCAAUAACCUCUUCUUUGCGAAUUCUAAGCUUCAUUUACAUGUUCCUGAAGGAGCCACACCAAAAGACGGUCCUAGCGCAGGAUGCACAAUGAUCACUUCCUUGCUCUCACUUGCCAUGAAGAAGCCUGUAAGAAAGGAUCUGGCAAUGACCGGAGAAGUCACUCUGACCGGUAGGAUUCUUCCAAUUGGCGGCCUUAAGGAGAAGACUAUGGCUGCAAGGAGGAGCCAAGUGAAGGAGAUAAUAUUCCCGGAGGCUAACCGAAUAGAUUUUGAGCAUCUUGAAGAAAGCUUUAAAGAAGGGCUCGAUGUUCAUUUCGUCGAUGAAUAUGAGCAGAUCUUUGAGCUAGCCUUUGGCUAUGAACAAUAGAAGUCAGUUCCACAAGUCACUUUUACUUGGGAUGAACUCGUUUUUUUUACUAUAUACUAUUGAUAUGUAAUUUAUAGGGUGAUCUUCUAACGUUUCUUGAUUUAUCUUACCAUUAUUAUGUAUGUAUUUCUUACAACAGGAUGAACUAUAUAAGAGCCAAUUCAAUUAGCUACCUCUUUCACUGCACUAUUCAAGUUACUUCUUAGUCUGUUUUUUUUUUAAUGUAGUUCUCAUAUUCUUGUAAUUGCAGUUUUACAUGUGCUAAUUGUGCUGUGAUUUAGGAUUAUUAUGCAACCGUAAUUUAUGAUUUUCAUGCGGCUCUUUGCAUGUAAAUGGAAAGAAGCGUGCACUAACGAAUCUAUGAUUGAAGAAAGAUUCUAAAACAACAUUGAACAAAUCUCCAAGAACACACAAUUGGAGAAGAACUCAGAAACUAGAUGAAGAAGAUGACCUAACAACCCUCGAUAAAAUUUAACACAGAACUGAUAAAAUUUAUUAAUUUAUCUUGUCUAUUACUUUAUUGAAUAUUAAUUAUAUAUUUUAUACUGUAAUAAGAUUCACAAAUAACAAACAGUAUAAGAAAUGGCUUAUUGGCAUGUAUAGAGAUAACUAAAUUUGCUUCAUUAACCGAAGAAAUUUUCAAAUUUGAGAAGGCCAAAUAGUAAAUACAUGAAACAAGAGCUUCAGAAGUAGUAUAUGAACAAGAUAAGAUGAGCUACAAUAACUAAAUAUCUACACUUUCUCUUAUAAUGUUGUUUUCUUACUUUUAAAUCAGGCCUCUCAAGUUUAUUUUUGUCUAAAACUUUUUUUAUUACCAAAGACAAUAACGGAAAAGUUGAUAGAAUACAUUGCAUCGAAAAAAACAAAACAAGCUUUUGAAAAAAACAUCUAAACCAUUAGAAAAUAUGAUCUUGCAUAUACGACUUCAAGAGAAAUCAAUGAUGAUAUGUCCACAAGAAAUUAGGUUGGAUUAUGCCAAUACAUUAGUACCAUAAUGGUCUUGUUCCACACUUUGUAACAAUUGAAGUGAUUUCCCGCGUUACAACGUGUUAUAGUCACUUUUCUUAUAAAUUAAAUUUCUCUAAUAAACAUAUGUAUUUUUCUUUGGUUAAAAUAUGUGCCGCCGCUUCAGUGAAGUUUUUUCUAAACCCCAUUAAAAAAUCUCUAAUAACCAUAACAACGAAGUCGGAGUAAAACAAAUAUAUCUCUGAUAACAAAGACCGGAAGAAAAUGAAAAUAUUUCUGGAAAUUUUGAGAAACCAUAAUGUCAGAAUACAAAGAGAGAGAAAAACUAAUAGAUAUCGCAGUGUCGAUGUUACGAAAUCCACCCGGCACAAGAAAUGGAAAAUAAUUUUGUAUCAUUUUUUUCUUUCUUUAAUACGCUUUUCUGUUUUCCUUUUAAAUUUUGUUUCCAUUCUUUUUUGGAAGUGUUUAUGAAAGGGAUUGUUUGCCUGAGACACACAUUAGCCUUCUUCUUACGCUCUUAACUGCUUCGUCCGGUUUAUCUGUUUGUGAAGCAACUAAAGCUAUAUAGGGUUCUUUAAUUAUACUAAUUUGCUGAUCCUGUGAUUAAAUCAUACUUUUAUUUGAUUAUUAUUUGGAAGGGUUUUAACUUUUGACAACAUUAGUCUUCUUCCUUGCUUCUUAAGGCAAAGCGUAACCCUAAAGUUCCCAAGUUUUCUACUCACUAUCUUCCUCUAUCCUCAUGCUGAAGCUCUUCACAUCCCAUCACGUGACUAGCCGGUUAAGGAAUCGGAGUUCCCACAAAUUGGCUCGUCGAGCUUUCUUAACGACACUAACCGAUUCCAAGCCUACCGACACUGUCUCUGCUAAACCAUGCAUCGACGAUUGUCAAACGGUUAGCAGAAAUUCUCUGAAAAGCUAGAAACUUCUAUAACGUCACUGUUGGGUACAACUCUUUUCAUUAAGCUUUGUGUUGGUUCACUUGCAGGUUGUAGCAUUGCCGUUGCUACGCAAGCCUCUUAUUCCUGGUUUUUACAUGCCACUCUAUGUCAAGGAUCCUAAAGUACUUGCAGCUCUACAAGAGAGCAAAAGUGGACAAGCUCCAUAUGCAGGGGCUUUCCUUUUGAAGGAUGACAAAUACGCUUCAACUGCUUCAUCUUAUUAUGGCUUUGAAACAGUGAAUAUCCUAGAUAAGUUGAAAGGCAAAGAGUUGCUUAAAAAAAUUUACCAAGUUGGCACACUUGCUCAGGUUACAUACCAUACGUUAGCACUGUAUUUUUUUUUCCUUGUCUCUACUUGAAAUACUUUUAACCAUUUGCCAAAUUUGUUUUCCAGAUUUUAAGUAUCCAAGGUAAGCAAGUCAUCCUUGUUGGUCGCAAACGACUUCAAAUAACAGAGAUGGUAAGUUAAUGGAGAAGCAUUCUUCAACUUUAUUCUUUUAGAAGUUCAUUAAAAGUAACCAUGCGCUUUGUCUUUUACACAGGUGAAUAGAAAUCCUCUAACUGUCAAAGCUCAACAUAUAAAGGUGUGUUUCUGUUUUCAAUUCUUUCCUUUUGUUAUACAAAAAAUCUAUAAUCCAUUUCAUAUAUAUGUGCCUCUGUGUUCUUUAUUUGCAGGAUAAGCCAUAUGAUAAGGACGAUGAGGUCAUCAAGGCAACAUACAUUGAGGUUAUUUCUAUGCUUAGGGAUGUCUUAGAGACAACAUCACUCUUCAGGAAUCGAGUUCAGACCUAUACACAGGCAUGUUUACUCCAUAUUUGGUACUGCUUGCUGAGCACAAAUGAUAUAUAUCAAAAAAUAGCACCCGAUAAACUAACUGCAAACACAGUAAAAGUAGACAGUAAUAAUGCAGGAUCGUAUCCAGUAUCUUAGUUGAUUUCCUUUGAAUUUUAUAGGUUAUAGGUGACUCCAACUAUCGAAAGUUAGCCGAGUUUUUAUUACAAAAAAGAAGAAGAAAUUUUACCGGCCUUAGAGCUGGGAUCUUUGAUGCUACUGACUUCAAUUACCAAAAGUUAGCCGAUUUUGGAGCCGGGAUCUGUGGCGCUAACAAACAUAAAAUUCAGGAGGUUCUUGAAGAAUUGGAUGUAAGUAGUUUAACGGUUUCUUUUUUUAUGCUGAAAUUACCUCAAAAAGAAUGAUAUUCCAUUUUUAUUUUAUUUUUAAAAGGAUGAUAUUCCAUUUUUAGUAAGCUUCUCAUAUUGGUUUCUUUCGAUCCAGAUUCAUAAGCGUCUGGACUUGGUUAAAAAACUAGUGGAAAUUAGCAAAAUUCGAGUGUUUCAUGCCUCCAUUUUCCCGGUGACUCAUGCUGCUGUUGAAGACAAAAAGGUUUUCAGCUCAUCAAGAUUUUCUUUUUGCAAACAAUAUAUGUUUUAUAUUAGGGGUGGGCAAAAAACCCAAACCGAACCGAACCAAACCAACCAAACCGAAGUUAAACCGAACCAAACCAAACCGUGCUCUUUAUGUAACCCAAUUGGUUCAUGUUUUACUCAACCCGAACGGUUUGGUUUGGUUUGGGUUUAAACCGAACCAAACCGAACCAAACCAAUAAUCCUAUAUAUAUAUAUAUAGUAAAAAUAUAUAUGAUAUAUAUAUAUGUAUUAACAUAUUGCAAAUUUUAGUUAAAGUUUCGUUUUUCAUUUUUUCAUAACUUCCAUAUCUUUAAAAAAAAAUUAUAAAUACGAUUCAAAUAAUACUAUUAUAUAUAAAAUCAUGUAGCAUAAGUUUUUAUAUUCUCACUCUAUCGUUUAUGAGUUGAUUAUUUUUAAUAAAAGUAUAAAACUGAUGCCUUCAUAUUUUAUAACCAACCCGAACUACACCGAACCAAACUAGACCAUAAUAAUGUAAACCGAACUAAAUCUAAACCAAACCGAACUGAACCGAACCGAAUUAAACCCAAACCGAACCCAAACCAAAGCUACUUUGGUUUUAAUUGGUUUGAGUUUUAUAAAACCCAAAUUACCCAAACCAAACCGAACCUAAACCGAACCCGAAACUAAACCGAAAUGCCCACCCCUAUUUUAUAUAGAAUAAAUCCUCAUCUCCUUUCAUUCGUAUUUUAGGAAUCCACAGGAAAGACUUUUGAAGACAAAAAGGUUUUCAGCUCUCCACACAAAAUUUACAAUUAUGUUUGGUGUAUUAUGUUUCGUAUUAUUGGUUGAUAUUUAAGUGUCUCAAUGCAGGAGGAAUAUGGUUCUGCUGAAUACGUCAAACAAAACCGACUUUCUGGUUAGUCUACUACUGUAGGAGUAUUUUCUAUAGUUUGAGUACCGAGAGUUAUGCAUCGAUGAGUGUAAAGUGAUUGAAGCUUAUAAAUUAUGUUCUUUCUCUGCAGACACGUUUAGGAAAAGGAUUGAACCUAUUAAAGAGAAAAUUCCGAAACAUGUCCUAGAAGUCAUAGAAGAAGAGCUUGCGAACCUUGAUAGGAAAGAAUACGGUUUUGGUAGCACCGAUAGUAUCUAUAGCUACCUUGAUUGGUUGACUGCGUUGCCUUGGGGAAACUGCAGGUUUGCUAUUUGGCUUCAUAUGUUCAUGGUUUUUUUAACAGAAUGUAAUAUAAAAACGGUAUGAAAUUUUCCCAAAAAGAAAAAGGUUUGAAUUGUCAAUGAACAUACUACUUCUCUAGAGACAUUUUUACAAGUGUUAAAUUGUCAAUGGUUAUUAUAAUUUAAAUAUUAAAAAUUUCUGUGAGAAACUCAAUCAACCAGAUGCUCUUAUAUAACAGUCUCUCUUUGCAGUGAUGAGAACUUUGAUGUCCUACGGGCAGAAAAGAUUCUUGACGAGGAUCACUACGGAUUACAUGUUGUAAAAGAAAGAAUACUAGAGUUUAUUGCUGUUGCAAAUCUUACAGGCAAUCCAGAGGGUAGUGUCUCUGCCCUUCUGGUUAACUUCUGUCUUUAUAAAAAUUGUGAAACUGAACUGUUUUUUUUUUUGUGUGUCAAAAAGGGAAGAUCAUUUGUCUCUCUGGCCCUCCUGGGGUAGGAAAAACUAGCGUUGCUCGUUCUGUCGCACGUGCUCUUGGCCGCAAGUUCUUUCGGCUCGCUGUUGGAGGACUAUCUGAUAGUUCCGAGAUCAAGGUAUACAUACUACUGCAUGACAUAAACAGUUGGAGAAAAAUAUUUCACAUAGCAAACAGUUGUCUUUUCUCCAACAAAAAAAACAGUUGGAGAAAAAUAUUUCACAUAGCAAACUUGUCUUUUCUCCAACAACAAAAAAAAAACACUAGAGAACUGACAUAUUUUAUAACAUAAGUCAUCAUCUAAAAUGUGUUCACUUAUAGGGGGACCGUAGAGUAUAUAUUGGUGCCACGCCCGGAAAGAUGGUGCAGUGUCUAAAGGAAGUGGGAACAGAGAAUCCUCUUGUUCUGCUCGAUGAGAUUGAUAAGGUAAUUAAGCUAGGAUGAGUUGUUAGUCUUUUUGAAUUGAAUUUGUCUUUAGAGAUUAUUUGCAACGAUUGUCACUUGGUUCACUGGCAGCUUGGAAACAGUAGUAGAGAUCCAGAGGGUGCGUUGUUGGAGCUUCUUGACCCAGAGCAAAAUGCACAUUUUCUAGAUUACUUUCUUGAUGUUCCUAUCGACUUAUCAAAGGUACUCUCUCUUUUUCUUAUUCACCUUUUUUUGAACUUUCAUCCUAAUCAAUUUUUUUUGGUUGUAGGUUUUGUUUGUAUGCACAGCAAACAAUAUAGAUAGGCUUCCAGGUCCUCUACUAGACAGGAUGGAGGUUAUAGAACUCGCAGGGUACACUGCCGAUGAGAAAAUGCAUAUUGCUAGAGACUAUUUGGUGAAAAUUGUACAAAGAAAAUGUGGCAUGAAGCCUGAACAAGUUGACGUGAGCGACGCGGCUCUUCUUUCCUUGAUAGAAAACUACUGCAGAGAAGCAGGAGUUCGAAAUCUCCAGAAGCAGAUUGAAAAGAUUUUUCGUAAGGUAAGGUCACUAAAUAUAGUACAAACUUCUUAACUUGGAUGCCAAGCAAUCUAAAAUUACACUAUAUACUCCGAGCUUUUUUAACUUGGAUGCUAAGCAAUCUGAAAUUAUUUUGGUUUACUAACAGAUUGCUCUUAAACUUGUACGCCAACAAGCAUCCGCCAAAGCGGCUAUGGUCGAUUUAGAGUCCUCGGAAACCGCUGCAGAAGGAUCCAUUGAGUUAACAAAUGAAUAUGAUAAGCCCAGGAUUGAGCUUAUCUGAAUAGAACAGAAAGGGAGGGAGAAAUGACGAAGAGCAAAGGGAGAAGAGAAGAGAUAGAGGUAGAAGUUGGGGAUUUACCCAGUUUGAUAUUGUGAUCGUAAUCGAUACCUUUCUCAGAUAUGUUUUCGAGUACAUAUAGUUGUGUAAAAGGCCUAGAUAGUAAUUAAAUAAAUAAAGUAAACGAAGCCCAAUUGUUGGCCCA